AUGGAUAUCCGGACAUAUAUCUCUGACUCCCUCCUACGGCUAACGGGUGCGUCGGACGCGACAGUCAUCGAUUACAUCCUCGCCACCACAAGCUCUGCGAAAUCUGCCGGCUCCUUACACGAGAAGCUAGGACCGUUCCUGGACGGAGAUGAGGGUGAUAUCCAUUCGUUCUGCGCUGAGCUCUGGAAACGGGUGCGUGGCGGUUCAAGUGCGGAGGAUGGCGGCAAAAAGGCCAGCAAGGAAAAGGGAGGGGAUGGGUUGAAGAAAAGAUACAAAUUGGUUGAUAUGGAAGAAGAGGAUGUGGAUGUUAAUGCUGGAUUGGCCCCGCUGCAGAGUACGGAGGCGGGGAAGCUGAGAAGGAAGGCGAAGGAGAACGGGGAGAGUGGACAGAGUCGGGAUCGCGAUGAUGAUUCCAGGCGCAGGCGUGCGCAUCGCGAUGCGAGAGGGGAGCGGAAGCGAGAGCGAGAGGGCGACCAUGAUCGUGAUGGUCGGCAUCGGUGGAAGAAGCGCGAGGAAAGAGAACCACGACAACACUCUCGAAGCCCUCGAUCCUCUUCUCCCUCUUCGGAUAUAGAUCCCGAGACCAAAGCAGAGCGAGCCAGACAGCGCGACCUUAAGGAACGAGAUGAAUUCGCGAAACGCCUUGCGCAAAAGGACGAGUCGAAGUCGAAGAAGAUCGUUGAAGAUCGGUCUUCUACGAAGGACUCACAAGCUGCCCGACGUCGUGCGCUGGCUGACGACGCUGCAGCGAGGUCGGCGGCGAUGCCGGAUCUGCGGCUUCGCUCGCGGCAGGAAUAUCUCAAGAAACGUGAAGCGGAGCGGUUAGCUCUGCUGCGCAAGCAAGUGGCGGAGGAAACCGCUGAGCUUCGCGAGAAUCCAAACUUGACGCGUCGGGAAAAAGACGAGUUUGCGAAGAAUAGAGAAGUUCUUCGGUUAGCGGAGGAAAGAAUGCGGAUUGACGAUUAUCGGGAUGGCUAUGCGUUGCCGGAAGAUUAUAUCACUGAAAAAGGCAAGAUUGAUCGAAAACGGAAAGAAGAAGCGCUUUACAAGCGAUAUGUUGAUCGGGACGAGCAUGGGCAUGAGCGAUUCAUUACCGAGCAUGAGGAGUGGGAGAAUGAGCAGACGGCCAAGGCUAAAGCGCAAAUUCAAAGGGCGGAGUUUGUUGAUGAGGGAGACUACGAAUAUGUGUUUGACGAUGCGCAGAAAAUAAAUUUCAUCAUGGAUUCGAAGUUGGAAGGGGACCGAAAGCCGUUAACAAAGGACCAGCUACUGUUCCAGCAGAAGCUAGAUGCGGCGGAGCAGAAAGCAGCUUCCAUUGAAGAGACAAGGAAGAGUUUACCUAUCUACCGAUUCAGAGAGGAAAUUAUACAAGCUGUAGCGGAUCAUCAGGUUAUUAUCAUCGUUGGAGAAACUGGUAGUGGGAAAACUACUCAGAUUCCUCAGUAUUUGCACGAGGCGGGUUAUACUAAAGGGGGGAUGAAGAUUGGUUGCACACAGCCUAGACGAGUUGCAGCGAUGAGCGUUGCUGCGCGUGUCGCUGAGGAGAUGGGUGUUAAAGUUGGGAAUGAAGUUGGAUAUGCCAUCCGGUUUGAGGAUGCUACCAGCGACAAAACAGUGCUCAAAUAUAUGACUGAUGGUAUGCUACUGCGUGAACUGCUCACGGAGCCUGACCUCGGGGGAUAUUCUGCACUGAUGAUUGAUGAAGCUCACGAGAGAACCGUAUCCACGGACAUUGCGUGUGGCCUGUUAAAGGACAUUGCCAAGGCAAGACCUGAUCUAAAAUUACUUAUCUCGUCAGCGACAAUUGAUGCUCAAAAAUUUCAGAAAUAUUUUGAUGAUGCGCCAAUUUUCAACAUUCCUGGCCGGAGAUAUCCUGUUGACAUACACUAUACGUCGCAGCCAGAGGCAAAUUAUCUUGCCGCAGCGAUCACUACCGUGUUCCACAUCCACAUCAGUCAGGGUGCUGGUGACGUCUUGGUCUUUCUCACGGGCCAAGAGGAGAUUGAAGCUGCAGAACAGAGUAUACAAGAAACGGCUCGGAAACUAGGAUCCAAGAUACCGGAACUGAUAAUAUGUCCCAUCUACGCGAACUUGCCUUCGGAACUUCAAGCCAAAAUCUUUGAACCUACGCCCCCCGGAGCGCGAAAAGUGGUCCUUGCUACAAACAUUGCAGAGACCAGUCUGACCAUUGACGGAAUCGUGUACGUGAUUGACCCAGGCUUUGUGAAAGAAAACGUGUUCAACCCUCGUACUGGAAUGGAGAGCCUUGUCGUUACCCCCUGCUCGCGCGCAUCUGCAGGCCAAAGAGCAGGAAGAGCAGGCCGUGUUGGCCCGGGCAAAUGUUUCCGGUUAUAUACAAAAUGGGCAUUCUACAACGAGCUAGAGGAAAAUACUACGCCAGAAAUCCAACGGACAAACCUCAACGGAGUCGUCUUGAUGUUGAAAUACUCUCGGGAUCGACCAGCUUCUUGA